UUGCUUGUUCAAUAAUUUUUCUGACGUUGAAUGAGUUCUAUUUAAGUUGUGAUAGGGAGCGGCGCAUUGUAAAUUAAACACAUUUUAAAUUAAAUUAUUGUGUGAUAUUCCAUUCUCUUUUCGUUUGAUCCAUCUAAUAUAAGAAAAAAUGGCAUUUGCUGGCAAAGAAAAUAUCUCUGAAAAUAUGGAGAAAUUUUCGCUGAAGAGUCCAAGAAAAAUUUUGACGGACGUUAAUAACACGCGCAAAAUGUCUAUCGGUGACGAGGAUGUAACGAAAGUCCAACAGGACACGGCUGCAGUGGAACAAGUGACAACGCUGGCCAGUAAGCCUGCAGCACCUUUUGACCCAACAAUUGAGCCAUUGCUGAAAGAGAACCCACGUCGUUUUGUAAUUAUGCCCAUCGAAUAUCCUGAUAUAUGGCGGAUGUACAAGAACGCAGAAGCAUCUUUCUGGACAGUAGAAGAAGUCGAUCUAUCCAAAGACAUGGAUGACUGGGCCCGUCUUACGGACAACGAGCGGCAUUUUAUUUCACAUGUGUUGGCAUUCUUUGCCGCUUCUGAUGGCAUAGUGAAUGAAAAUUUAGUUGAACGCUUCAGCCAGGAAGUGCAAAUUACGGAGGCGCGUUGCUUCUACGGCUUUCAAAUCGCCAUGGAAAACGUUCAUUCCGAAAUGUACAGCAUACUAAUUGAUACAUAUAUUAAAGAUUCCAAGCAAAGGGAUUACUUGUUCAAUGCUAUCGAGACGAUGCCUGCCGUAAAGCGCAAGGCUGAUUGGGCGCUUGCUUGGAUUUCAUCAAAAUCUGCCAACUUUGGCGAACGCAUAAUUGCAUUUGCCGCCGUCGAAGGCAUAUUCUUUAGUGGUAGUUUUGCUUCGAUCUUCUGGCUGAAGAAACGUGGUUUGAUGCCAGGUCUGACGUUCUCCAAUGAACUAAUCUCACGGGAUGAAGGCCUGCAUUGUGAUUUCGCUUGUCUAAUGUUCCAUCACUUGGUGCAAAAACCGAGCAAAGAGCGUAUUAUCGAAAUUAUUGCUGAAGCUGUCAAAAUAGAACAAGAAUUCUUAACCGAUGCUUUACCCGUGAACUUGAUUGGCAUGAAUUGCAGUCUGAUGUCAGAGUACAUUGAAUUUGUAGCAGAUCGCUUGCUGGUCGAAUUGGGAGUGAACAAGAUCUACAAUUCACAGAACCCAUUCAGUUUUAUGGAGCUUAUCUCAUUAGAUGGUAAAACGAAUUUCUUUGAAAAGAAAGUGGGCGAAUAUCAGAAAUUGGGCGUUACCGCGAAACGCAUGGAUCAUGCCUUCACGCUAGAUGCGGAUUUCUAAAAUCUUACUUGUACCUACCAUUUGUAGAUAUACUUAUAAUAUACUAUAUAUAUUAAGAUAAGAAUCUAGUUUAUAGAAAACUGUAGCAAUUUCUUUAAAUUUGUUUACAAUACUACUUACCUGACAUUGGCACUACUAUUUUUUCUAGUUAUGUAUAUUUUUAUUGUAUAUCAUCGACAUUUCCACAAUGAUUUCAUUUUUAAAUUUGCAAAUAUACACAUACAUUGCUCGUUAGUUAAGAAGAAAUAUAGACUAAACUAAAUUUUAGCGCAACAGUAGAUUGUAUGUAAUAAAACGAAAACAAAAAUA